AUGGCCGCUCUCGACGCUAUCUGGGACGACGACGCCGAGCUCGCGUCGACCUCGAGACCUGGUGCUAGUGAAGACAAUGUUGGAAAAUCCUCUGAACCGUUGUUCAUCUAUGGCGACGAGUCCGACACGGACAAGGACACUCGCGCGCCUAACGCGGCAGGCGGCGGUAUGGACGACGCGGAGCUCGAGGCGAUGUUCGACGAGGGUGCGCUGGAGAUGAUUGACGCGCGCGCGAUACAAGCCAAGGCCGAGGAAGCCGUCCGGCGAGAGGAGGCGAGGCGACCAAAGAAAAAGCCAGCGGAGCGACAUCAGAUUCUGCCUAGCAGUUCGCCACCGCCGGAGGGGUUCGACGACCACGAUGCUGGAGGCGCGAAGGCAGGGAAGGAUGGAGAGAAGAAGCGGAGGAAACCUAUUGUGCUAGACGAGUCGCGGUUGAUCAGUCCUAUCGGCUUUCCUCAGCUUAUUGAGGAUACGAAGAACUUUAAGAUCAAGGGGAAGGGGCAUGAGGCAACAGACCUCAACAGGCUGCUGAAUAUCUACCAAUUCUGGGCACAUCGAAUGUACCCGCGAACGCAGUUCAACGACACAGUCGAGCGCAUAGAGAAGCUCUGCCAUUCCCGUCGCAUGCACAACCAGCUCGGCAUGAUGCGCGACGCCGCCUUCGGGAAGGCACCGAAAGAGGACGCGAUAGACCUCUCGGACAGCGACAACGACGACGCACGAGAACGACCACAAAACGGCAUCACACUCCCGUCCUCCUCGUCCCCACGAUCUUCACCUCCCGCACGCAGCCGCGCAUCCUCAUCUCGCCCGCCAUCCCUCCCACCUGAUUCCUCCGACCCCGGCGACGCAGUCAUGACCGACGGCACGCGCUCGUCCGCUGCGCCAGACAACGACGAGGACGCGGAACUGUGGGCAGCCAUUGAGGAAGACAACAAUGCAAUGCUGAGCGCAAAAGCGCCUGCUCCGCGACGGCCACCCACUAAUGACUUUGACGACGACAUGGACGACGCGUUUGCCGUAUUCGACGAGGUUCAUGGGGCCGGAGGGCCGCCUCCUGCGCCACCACCCCCACCAGAGUUCGACAUGGACGAUGACUUUGCGAUGAUGGAUGAGAUCGAGGCUGAGCAACGGGCCGCACCACAAUCAUCAUCAGCACCUGCAAAGGCCGAUGAUCAGUCCGCUAAACCAGCUGCCUCGCAGAAUGGGGCAGCCGCUACUGCUCCGAACUCUUCUCCACCAAAGCCGCGGACAACUUCAGACGUCGAGGACGAGUGGAAUGACGACGAUAUGUACGCUGAUGAUUAG